CUCUCUCUCUCUCUCUCUCUUUGAAGGUGCUAAUCGUCAGAAACUAUCUUCCUAAAUUUUGGGGGUUGCUUCAGUUUUGGGUUUCCUGGAAUCUGUUUUCUCUUCUCUCCGGAAGAAUUUCUUGAUCGAAAAUUGUGUUUGUUGAGAAGAUAUUCUGAUGGCUUCCAAGAGAAUCCAGAAAGAGUUGAAGGACUUGCAAAAGGACCCUCCUGCCUCCUGCAGUGCUGGGCCUGUUGGUGAAGAUAUGUUCCAUUGGCAAGCUACCAUUAUGGGUCCUUCAGACAGCCCAUUCUCUGGGGGGGUGUUUCUUGUGACUAUUCAUUUUCCACCUGAUUAUCCAUUUAAACCCCCCAAGGUAUCUUUCAAAACCAAGGUUUAUCAUCCCAAUAUCAACAGCAACGGUAGUAUCUGCCUAGAUAUCCUCAAAGAUCAGUGGAGCCCCGCCCUAACGAUAUCAAAGGUGCUGCUCUCUAUCUGCUCGUUGUUGACCGAUCCAAACCCAGACGACCCCCUUGUUCCUGAGAUUGCUCACAUGUACAAGACUGAUAGAGUCAAGUACGAGACCACUGCUCGAUCCUGGACUCAGAAGUAUGCUAUGGGAUAAACGUCUUAAUAUGCAGUUGCGCACUAAGACUGUAUCAUGUCCUAAUAGUGAUAAUAAAGAUGAAAGAAAGAACAUAGCUGAAAUCUUAAAUAUUCUGGUGGCUUUAUCUUAUCCUCUGAUCUUGGAAGGGUUAAAAUAGGUUUUAUAACUCGAUUAGAGACCAGUAAAGUGUUUAUUUAUUAUUAUGUCUUAAUCUAUGAGCUUUCUUUAUCUA